AAAGAACUGCAUGGUGAUGGCUUAAAUAUAACUAAAAUUAAUCCAGAUAUGUAUCUGAAAGACUCCCUCUGAAGUGGAAGAGGUUCACCACGCGGAGCAAGAGAGAUACCAUAGAGCUGGUUCUGAAGAUGGACAUGACAAAGAAGCACUUUGAGAGGAAAUGCCAGCUGGCUACACUCAACAAAUGGUUGAAUUGGGUAAAAUUACAAAAGAAGACACAGGCAGCUGCCAUUGAGAAACUUGAGAGACUUGUAAAUGCUGGUCGGCUUAAGUGUAUCAUAGCUGCAUGGCGUAACGUUGCAAAGGACUCAAAGAGGACAAAAGAGUACUUUAAGAAGUUGGAAAUGGGUCUUAUACAAAUCAGCAACAAAGACCACCAGAUUGGAGAGGGAUGUGACAGACUCUCAGUGCUCCCUAGCAGACUCGCAUUGAAGAUCUUUCAAUAUCUAGAAUUACGAGACUGGCUCAAUUGUGCUGAGGUGUGUUGCACAUGGAAAGCUAUCAUCCAAUCAGGCACACUGUGGAGUCAGAUCAACUUCUCUGUAGAGAGAGACUGGAUAACAGACAGCAAGAUGAAGCAUAUUCUGCAGAACUACCGCCCAUUUGUGAUUCAUCUUAACCUGCGGGGCUGCACAUCACUUACAUGGCCCAGCUUGAAAUGUAUCAGUGAAUGCAGAAAUCUCCAAGAGCUCAAUGUAUCAGAGUGUUUUAAUGUCACAGAUGUGAUGGUUCAGAGAAUUGUCGAGGGGUGUCCUUGCCUGCUCUACUUGAACCUUUCUUGCACACUUGUAACAAACAAAACUCUAAGAGAGCUGUCCAGGAACUGUCUCAAUCUUCAAUACCUGAGUCUGGCCUACUGCUACAGAUUCACAGAUAAAGGUUUUCUGUACCUGACCACAGGGAUGGGCUGCCACAAUCUCAUCCACCUCAACCUGUCCGGCUGCACUCAGAUGACAGUAAAUGGGUUCAAAUACAUUUCAGCUGGAUGCCCUUCACUCAAAGAGGUUGUGAUCAAUGACAUGCCCACACUGUCAGACAGCUGUGUGUUGGCACUACUUGCCAGAUGUCGCUGUCUGUCUGCCAUUUCUCUGUUGGAUGCUCGUCAUCUCUCUGACAUCGCCUUCAAAGCCAUUGCUGAAGUAGCCACAUUGAAAACUUUCAGUACAGAGGGUAACGACCAAGUCUCAGACGUCAGCUGGAAGGCCCUGUGCAUUAGCUCGCACGGCCUUCGCAGACUCCACGCUGCAGAAUGUCCCAGAUUGACCAAUGCCAGCCUCAAAUCUGUGGCAACCCUCAAGAACCUGCAGUACCUGGACAUCUCUCUUUGCAGCAAGGUGAGUGAUGUUGGGAUCAAGUACUUGACUGAAGGUUACUCAGUCACCAAAUUGCGAGACCUGAACAUCAGCCACUGCAGUCACAUCACUGACAUCUCUGUCAUGAGGAUUGCACAAAGGUUGUGUAAACUGUACCAUCUCAACUUGAGUUACUGUGAGAGACUGACUGACACGAGUCUGGAGUGGCUGAGUGGCAGCUCUAUCUGCUCCCUUGACAUCAGCGGUUGCACCAUCAGGGAUCAGGGACUGGCAGCUGUCGAGGGAAUUCGCUUGAGGAAGUUAAUUCUUGCUGAGUGUGUCUACGUCACAGACAUUGGCAUAGAGAAGCUGUGCAAAAAUGUGAGAGAUCUGGAACAUGUGGAUGUUUCUCACUGUGUAGCUCUGUCUGACCCAGCCAUCAGAGCCAUUUCAUUUUACUGCAGAGGACUGGUCACAAUGCGGAUGGCAGGUUGUCCCAAGAUGACAGAUAUGGCAGUGAAGUAUCUGACAAGUGGAUCUCAGUACCUGCGGGAGCUUGAUGUGAGUGGCUGCAUUCUUCUCACAGAUCGCACGAUACGGCACUUAGAAAGGAUCUGUCCUCCGCUCUGCUCCAUCUCGAUGGCCUGCUGCAGCAGCAUCUCCAAGGUGGCCGCCUUAAAGCUGCAGUCACGUGUGCAGCACUGGGAGCACAGCAACGACUGCCCUCCAAACUGGUUUGGAUACAAUGUGGACCAAACAGUGCAUCCAAUAACAAGACCCACCAAGACGGAUGACUCCUGGGAAGUGGUGGAGCAGCACUCAGUGAUGACAAGGGCAGCAAGUACAAAGGGGAUAUAAACAGAUCUCAAUAAGUA